AUGGCGUCGGGACGGCGGCGAGAGUUUGCCGGAACCUGCACCGACGACGGAAUGGAUUCGGGCCCGAGGCGGGCGGGAGGCAAGGAGCAGGCCAGUUCCCGUCGUGUGGCUGCCUGCGGCACCCACCACGCCGGCCUAGACGAGCUCGUCUCGUCUCCCUCCCGUUCGGCGGGCCGAGAGAGGUGGGAGCAGAGGCUGCAUCGUCACCAAGGCGGCACCAUCGCUCUCGCCACGGUGCCGCUGGCGACGCAAUGGCCGUCGAAGCCGCGCCGGACGGACGCGGUCGAGGCCCACGCAGUCGUCCUUGGGGGUCGAGUGCCGUCGAGUGCCGUCGAGUGCCGUCGAGCGCGGGGAAUGGAGCGUCGAGGAUUCGUGAAUUGCUCCGGCGGUGAGAGGACAAGUGCGUGGAAGGCGGGUGACGUGGGCUGGUGA